AUGGCUCACAAGCUGGUGCAGACACAUCUGUCAGGUAUUGGUGCCAGUGAGGUGUGGGCAGCAAUUCCACCAUGGAAACAAGGUAGCCUUGCAGGGUUUGUGACUCUAACAGAACAUGAGGUCUCACACAAACCAAGAUCACUGAGUCACACAGAGGCAGCAUCCAUCCCCUAUGUGGCUGCGACGGCCUUGUCUGCCCUUGUCAAUGCCGCUAGCCUCUGCAGAGACAACUGCAAUAACAAACGAGUCCUGAUCAUUGGAAGGUCAGGAGGUGUUGGGACAUUUUCUAUCCAGUUAUUGAAAGCCUGGGGUGCCCAUGUGACCGUUACCUGUUCCCACAAUGCUGAGGGGCUGGUGCGAGGUCUGGGCGCGGACGAGGUGGUGGACUACACAGCCGGAGAUGUAGAAGGACGGCUGACUCAGAUGAACAAGUUCGACGUGGUCCUGGACAAUGUGGGAGGAGACACGGAGCAGUGGGCCGUGGGUCUGCUCAAGACCUGGAGCGGUGCCAAGUUCGUCACCCUGGUCUCCCCCUUCCUGGUGAACACAGACUCCAUGGGCUUACUGGACGGAGCCAUGCGCUCAGGGCUCACCUUGCACGACAAGGCCACACAGAACAUCUUGUGUAAUGGGGUAUUCUACCGCUGGGCUUUCUAUGCUCCUGAUGGUCCUGCUCUCGACCAAGUCACUGAGCUGGUGGACGCCGGAAAGAUCUUGCCGAUGGUGGAGGCUCGCUUCUCGUUCUCCCACAUGCCCCAGGCCUUCUUGAAGGUGGAGCAAGGUCACGCCAGGGGCAAGACGGUGGUGAUGCUGGUGGAGGAGGAGGAGGAGGUGGAGCACGCCCAUGGCGACACCCCAGAAAUGCCAAAGGAAGUCAGGCAGCACAGAAAAGUCAAGUCAUUGUGAUGUCAUCACAAAGCGCCAGUAUAUCACAAAUGGA